CCGCUUGCCUCCGCUCCCCGGCCCUCCGGCCGCUUCCCGCCUUCCCCCGUCCCGCCCCGUCCAGCCCGGGCUGCCCGGCUCCCGCAGGCCCCCGAGCCGCCCGCGUUCCUAUGGACAGACGCACAGACACCUGCAGGAAAGACACUGCUGAUCCUGUAACAUGGAGGAUUGCCUUCAUACCUCAUCUGAGAAUCUGUCCAAAUUGGUCAGCUGGGCCCACAGCCAUGGGACCAUUUGCAGCCUCAUCCCAAACCUGAAACACUUGCUUUCCGAAGGUUCCCAUGGGAACCUGACAGCAAUGUGGGGCUGUAGUGCUGGCCAUGCUUACCACUGGCCACUGACAGCUACUUGCCGAGCUGGGUCCCAAGAAAGGGUCUGUUUCCAGGAUAACAGAAGUUUUAACUCUGAUAGUCCUAGUAUAAUCGGAGUGCCCUCUGAGACACAAACUAGCCCUGUUGAAAGGUAUGCUGGGAGACCAGUGAAAGCAAAGCUAGACUGUAAUCGGACCAGAGACUCUUGUGACUUCUCUUAUUGCAGUGAGCCCUCAGAACUGGAUGAAACUGUUGAAGAAUAUGAAGAUGAAAACACUCUGUUUGACAUGGUUUGUGAGUCUUCUGUUACAGAUGAGGAUAGUGACUUUGAACCCCAAACUCAAAGGUCUCAAAGCAUUGCUCGAAAAAGGCCUGGAAUAGUCCCAUCUUCUCUCCAUUCAAGUUCCCAGGCUCAGAUGGUUGAUGAAUGCAGCAAUGAUGUCAUCAUUAAGAAAAUCAAACAGGAGAUUCCUGAAGAUUAUUACAUUGUGGCAAAUGCAGAACUGACUGGUGGAGUAGAUGGACCAGCUCUGUCGCUGACACAGAUGGCAAAGCCCAAGGCUCAAACUCGUGCUGGUCCUUCCUGUGUAGGGUCUGCUAAGCUGAUUCCCCAUGUAACAUCUGCCAUCGGCACAGAGCUAGACCCACAUGGUGUGUCUGCAUCCCCCUCUGUGAUGUCCAGACCAAUUGUCCAGAAGUCUGCCAGGGUAUCUCUGGCUUCUCCAAACAGAGGACCCACUGGUGCCCAUGGCACCAACCAGCAGGUGGCCAUACAGAUGCCUGUGAGCACAUCCCAUCCUAACAAACAGAUCAGUAUCCCUUUGUCUGCCCUGCAGCUGCCUGGACAGGAUGAGCAAGUUGCUUCUGAAGAGUUCCUGUCUCAUCUGCCCAGCCAGGUCUCCUCCUGUGAGGUAGCUCUUUCUCCUUCAGUUAACACAGAGCCAGAAGUGAGCUCCAGUCAGCAGCAGCCCCCAGUCGCUCCAACUAUAACCACUGAGGCCACGGCACAGUGCAUACCAGCCUAUUCUACUAAGCUCAACAAAUUUCCUGUAUUUAAUAUUAAUGAUGACUUGAAUGAUCUGUGUACCAGUGCAGUAAGCCCAAAUACUACCAAAGCCACGCGGUAUGCCCUGAAUGUGUGGCGAUACUGGUGCAUGACCAACGGGCUCAAAGAUCACACAGACAUCACCAAGAUCCCUGCAGUGAAGUUGAACGAGCUGCUCGAGAACUUUUAUGUCACCGUUAAGAAGAGUGACGGCUCAGACUUCCUGGCCACCUCGCUCCAUGCCAUUCGCCGAGGCCUGGACCGCAUCCUGAAGAACGCGGGUGUGGGCUUUUCCAUAACCAGCAGCACCUUCAGUUCUUCCACCAAGAAACUCAAGGAGAAGCUGUGGGUGCUGAGUAAGGCAGGGAUGUCAGGUGCCCGUUCUCGCAAUAUCAUCUACUUCUCCCUUUCUGAUGAGGAGGAGAUGUGGCAGGCAGGGUGUCUAGGGGACGACAGCCCUAUCACUCUCCUGUCCACCGUGGUCAAGUACAACAGCCAGUACCUGAAUAUGCGGACGCUGCAGGAACAUGCAGAUCUGAUGUAUGGGGACAUCGAGCUACUCAAAGACCUGCAAAACCAGCCCUAUUUUGCCCGGACAGACAGUGUCAAACGGGAGAGUCGGAGUGGUUCCACUAGAGUGUGUCAUGGGAAGAUCUACCACGAACAUUCCAGGGGGCACAAACAGUGCCCUUACUGCCUCCUCUACAAGUACAUGUACAUCCAUCGGCCACCCACCCAAAUGGAGACCAAGUCCCCUUUCUACCUUACUGCCAGGAAGGAGGCCACAGACACAGACAGUGUGUGGUCUCCAGGAGGCUGGGCUCCCACAGCUGCUGCCAGUGAGAACUCCCUGGGCCCAGGCCGGUGCCCCGCACACCCUGACAGGCGAGGGCUCCCUCUGGCAGCCACAGCCAGAGCUCCCGGGUGGCAGGGGAUGGCCACGAGGUCAUGGUCAGGCUGGCCUGCGUCAGUGGUGACCUGCUAUUUCUUUACUUUGGGUUUGUUUUUUAACUGCAAGUAGAUGAGUCUGAAUAAUUAGGAUGUUUUAGCCAAAUGUGUGUCACCUUUGUUAAAUUACACAAUCUAAUACAGUGUAUAAUUGCUACCUACACAAGAGUGAGGAAGUUCAUUUUAUCUAGUGCCUUUUUAGCACAGAUUUUCUCAAAAAAAGAAAAAGAAAAAAAACUGUUUAAGUAGUCAUUUUUUUAAAAUCCCGGUAGCCUAGUAGCUUUAGAAUGUUACAAAGACUCUACCCACUUUGUUGAAUUACACUCACAAAAAGGAACCAGAAAGAGAAAGACAUGUUAAUAACUAUUUUCAGGAGAGAAAUUGCACUUGACACUCUUCAUAUUUUAUUGAUGGUUAACUUGGUUCUACAGAGCCAGCAGCCUCACUUGAUGGCAGAUGAUCAAGUUGCACCCAGUCAUGCUGACAGAGAGGCAGGGGGCUGCUCUGACCACUCUCAGCACUGGGAGGAAUUUGAUCUCUGCAUCCAUGGAGACCAUUUUAUGAAAAAAGAUGAAUGCACCAAAAGAUGUUCGUGAAAACAAGGUUUCCAGUGAACUAGAUGAUUGGUACUAUGAGGGAAUUUCCUGUAGCAAAAGUGGCUUGGAAAAAGCAAUCUGUGAUCAAAAUGUGAAAACCUCCUGAAGAAGUGCCUACAUUUUAUUUCUCAGCGUCACGUGAAAUCUGUUUCUGUUCAAACAUUUUUCAGAGCUUUUUCUUAUCUGUUCUUUGUGUUACACAGUUGUCCUGUUAGCACAUGGCAUGGGGUCUGUAAAACAACAGAAGGUAAUGUUCAGGCUUACGUUUUCAGGGCAGUCCAACAGAACCAGCUGCAAAGGGCUCCCAAAAUGUGUUUACUAAAAAGCUUUGAAAUAUUUUUGUUCAAGUAUGACUUUUUCAGCCACAAUAAAUGUCAUCAUUGUAGGUUGGCACCAGUGCUUGGGACAUGAGGACGUAGGCAACCCACCAGGUAAGCAAACUCGGCAUGGAGGACAUAGCUGUAAAACCAAGAGCAUCAUGAUAGGUUAUUGAUGCAGUUUAAAGUCAUUUCACUCCGGUAAAACUCAACCUGACGACACGUUAUGGAGACGUCAUCAGAAUUUUCUAGUAACCGCUCUUAAUGAUAAGUAAAAAAGGAGCCCAAAGAAUGCUGAGAAUAUAAUUUCUAAGGAACUUUAUUUUAUAUUUGAGGAAAGACUGCUACAGCUUUAUAUCAUUAUGUUCCUUUGUGUGCUUUCUAGUAGAAAAUUAAGAUUCCAAUAUAAAAUUCAUGUUGUGGGAGUCCUAAAAGCAGUGCUAUUUCUUUUUCAAAAUCAUAUUUUAGUAUUUAUUUUGAUUCACUGUUUUAAAAGUCAUUCACUGGUCACUGAAAUAUGUAAUACUUCCUUUCCUGAACAAGACUCAACCGAUGCUGCCUUAAGGUUUAAUGUUGUUCUCGUUUUAGUGAUUGCAUAUUUACUAUUUUGUUUACUAGUUGAUCUUUCCUGAAAAUAGAUUAAUUCUGGAAUGUUCCCAUCUGUAUAUAAAUAACAGGUAAUAUUUUAUAAUUAGUGCUAUGGCUUAAUAUUGCAUUCUGUUCUAUUGUAGUUUCCUAUAGUGAUUUUAGGCUUUAAUUAAAAAGAGACACCAUUCACUAAGGACAGUUUCCUUUAAGCUUGCUAAACACCCAAAGGAUAUUCUGUUUGUGGAAAGCAGAUGGUCAUUUUCUUGUCAGUUCUGCACUUCAACAGAAAAAUAAUCUAUGCUUACUAUUGAGUAGGGUCUACAGAUUAAUUAAACAAAGCUUCCAUUUUAAUUUUAAAUAGAUUUAAAAAGAAACUGCCAUUAGGAAUCACUGGGGUCUUUUCAGAAUUUUAACACUUCCAGAAGUAGCAAUAACUGACCCAGAGGUUUUAAUCUUUCUGUUUUUCAUAGUGUCUUUUUGUCAGCUGAAUAGCCAUCCCUGACUCAAAUUUGUUGCUUAUCAGCCUAUUGAAUAUACUGUAAAUGCCCAGAGUUCUGAAGUGGAUGAUUAUAUUUAAAAAUCUGGAGAUAGAAUCUUCAGUGAUAUCUGAUGGAUUGAAAGAAUUGUAUCUCAGCAUCCUAGAUGCUGUUCAUUACAUGCCUCCUUGGGGAAUGGGAGUGAGAAGGAAGACACAUUGGUCAGCUGCUACUCUGAGACCCACUGUAGCAGGCACUUUGUCUAUUCUGUAUUUGUGCGUAAAAGUGUAUGUGUGUAUGUAUACACACAUUUUAAGUUUAAAUGUGGUAAUGCCUAGUAAACUUGCUAAAAUGGCAAAGCACCCAUCCAUCUAUACGGCCAUGUCUGCUCUCAGAGGGUCUGCAGGGGAGGCCAGAGUUUCUCAUUCCCUGGCAUUCAGCAAAGGCAGUUGUUCUCUUUCCAGCUGCUCUAAUCCACUCCCCCCCUGGGGGACCCCAUGAUUUUCUACCCUGGGCCUAAACCAGGAAAAAGGAGAAUCCCAAGGGAAGGAAACAGGGAGGUUAAGAGCAUUUUCUCCACUCACCUUUAGUUUUGGGUUCUUUUUUUUUUUUCCCCCCAAGUGGGAAUGCUUUCAGGAAUUUGCAAGCUCAUGUAGGCACAAAUUGCGUCUAUCUCUGUGUGAGGGAAGGCAGUGCUGCCAGUGUUAUGAUGGGACCUGUGGAGGCCUUGGGGCGAGCGCCUGCCCUCCACAACUCCGCAUCUGCUCUCCACUGAGCCCUGCCAGCUUGGUGUCCCCUCGCCAGCAUCUCACAGGUUUUGCCUUAGAAGUUUGUUCCAGCAGAGAUGAUAGGGCGUCAGCUUCAGGGGUGUGAUUCGGUUAAAUAUAAAGGGUUUAGCACAACACAAUGCACAUAGCACACAUGCAGCAAAUGUUAGCAAGUUUAGUCACAACUUUUGCUAAUAGUAGUACUUGGUAUUAUUCAACUAACUUGCAUUACACCACUUAUUUCUUCCAUUAUGGAGAUUCCCUCUCCUUUAAACUGUUAAACUUGAAGAAGAAACCAAACCUGAUGAUCUGGUCACAUUUAUACCCAUAAAUUCUACCUCCAACACAGCCAAGCCCUGAUACCUCAGAUAUUAAGCAAAAACAAGUGAAGAAUGGAGAUGCCGUUGAGGCUUUCUGAGGAAGCUUUUGUACUGUUUAGUGUGUUCAAAACAGGAAAUAUCAUGGAAGAAUUUAACCAAAGUUUUUAAAGAAAUGGUGUUGUUAGUCAUGUGGCAUUUUUCCAGCUUUCCUUGGAGUAUAUGCAGCCCUGACUGAUAAAUCUGUUUGAGGAAAUGUGGAAUGCUGUUAACUUUGAUUUUUAUUUUAAUUCAACCUUAUUAAAAGCACCAGGCACUAUACCACUCCCUCGGCAUGCUCAUAUCAGCCAUUGGGAGAAUCUGGUCAUAAAUACAUGCUCAGGUUUUUUACUUUCAUUUUCUAAUUUUGGUGUUGAGGAUUUGUACAGUCUUUAGGCUAAAACACCCUCAUACCAAAGCAUACCUGUUUAGUCAUUUGUUUUCUGUUCUUCUUUUCUUUAUCAGAGCACAUUUCUUUUCUGCUUUGAGUCUUAAAAAGCAAUAGGUUGUAGAUAACUCUGAGAUCAUGUCGUCCUCAUUUUACCAAUAAAGAAAUGAAACACAGGGAUAUUGAAGGGUCCGUCCAAGGUCAGUAAGACAAUAAGUAAUAGAUUCAGGACUAGAAAAUUAAUCCAGAACUCUUUCCUCUAUACCAGAGCUGGGAAGAUUUCAAUUCUUAAAAACUAAUCAGUGAACUGCAUCUGGCAGAAAGACAUCUGGCUAGCACCGCCCCCAGUGAGCUCCUACCUUCCCAGAAAAACCAUUCAUAAAGAUCCAGAAGAAGGCCAAAUCUUGAUGCGAGAAUACAGAAGGAAUUGAUACAAUUAAUGAGGCUUAUGGAAGUAAAGUGAGGCAAAACCUUCCAGGUUGUAGGUCAGUGUUUUCUCUGGCUUCUCUCCAUGAAACCAAGACCCUGUGAAAUAAAAAUAUUUUAAAAUAGUCAGUACAUGUUCUCCUCACCAACCAUGUCUACCUCCUUAGCAUCCGAGCUCCCAACCCAGAGAAAUAACUGGUUGAUUCUUCCUCUUAGCCAGGUGACAUGCCACGAAGUAAAAUGCUCUCUCUCCCCUUCUCUUCCUUCUCCCUACCCCUCUUGCUCUUUUUUCAGUCCAGAACUCCAAAUCCUAGGGCUGGCACAUGAGCAGGAAGCAGAGAGGAUCUACUAGAGACAUAGCACAUUCAGAGAAAAGUGCUGGAUAGGGGAGGGCAGCAACAAUAAGUUACUAGGGAGCAGAACAUGUACAUAUUCUGCUGAUUUUUCAUGUACUGGUUCAGAGACCCAAACAACCAGAUAUAGGAAGGAAAAGGAUACCACUUUUACCAAAAAAAAGUGUUAAACUAGAAAUUGGAUUAGAAAAUAUGCACAUCUCCUUAUCAUCACCCUGUAUCUGAAAGAGGGAUCUGACGAACUCACAAGUGGACAGAUAGCAUAACCAGGGGUGGUGAAUACUGGGUCCGGGAAGAAAGGAUGACAUUUAAGCAUGAGUAUAGAGAAAAAACAAAAUGUGGAAUAUAAAAAGUGACUGAACCAAGGAAAAGGAACAGCUUCCAGAACAUUUGAGAAUGAAAAGAAACAAGACAAUUUUAGGAUUCUUUUUGUCAUAAUUGAAAGAAAGGAAGAAUGGCUUCUAUACAGCAGUAGUUAUCUUAAAAUGGGAAUGGGUUCAGAGAAAAAGGCAAUACAGUAAGAUGAAAAAGAAGAUUAGUAAGAAGGACUUCAAGGAUGUUAACAACACAACAUCCAAUUAAAAUCCACCCUGGAAGCAGAAAAGAGCAAUACGGAUGUUUAAAAAGCCCAAAUCAGUAAUGUGAAGGAAAAAUGAGAUUUUUUUCCUAAUGCUCUUUCAAAAGAAGAGAUGAAAAUAAUGGGGAAUAAUAAUGCAUUUGGAAGACGGAACAUUAGCUAACGUUACUGACAUUUGCUUUCCUGAUGGAAAGACUAUAUUGAGAAAAAAAUAUAAUAAGACUAGAGAAAUGAAAUCUUUCCUGAACAGAAUGAAAAUUUGUGUGUGUAGAGUGAAAGGAGUUACUGCAUUCCAGGCAAAAAAAAAAAAAAAAAGGAAAAACCCCUGCACCUAAGUACCUCUGGUAUAAUUUUUAAACUGCCAAGGAUAGAGAGUAAAAAAUCCUGCAGGCAUCCAGUCAGAAAGUUACAAGUUGCCUAUCAGAAAAUGAAAAAGCAUCCUGGCUUCAUACUUCCACUCUAUACCACCAAAUGCUAGGAAACAAUGGGGAAUUUUGAGGGGAAAAAUUGUGACUUUGGAAUUUGGUACACAUUUUACAUGUGAAGAUAACCAAAAGUAUAUUUAGUUAUGACAAGCAUGCAGGCAACAAACCAUCUAUGUACUAUUCUUAUAAAUUGUACUGCAGCCUACAAAGUUUGGUUGAAAAAAAUUUUUUUUAGCUUAAUAUGAAAAUUUCCAGAGACUCUGGGGCAUUAAACAUCAUAUCAUUACCCACUGGAAGAAGGAUAUGUGUACCUAGAUAAUAUGGCUAGAAGCCACAUAUCUAAAAGCGCCCGAAGUCCCCAUAUGAAUGAGCUAAACUAAUGCAAGAAGAUGAACUUAAAAGUCAUUACCAAUCACAGCAUCAUAUUUAUUCAUUUUGAUUACUGACGUAAUGCAUGAUCAAUAUAGAUAGAAACUUCAGAUAUAUUUUUCACAAAAUUUAAAUUUGAUUUAAAUCUUGGGUUCCCCCUCCCAGUUGUAACACUAUCCUGAAGGAUCCCUUGCUUCCAAGAAAAGGCAAGGGGUCUCUAGCUGUUUGGGGGUCUGAUAGCCUAGACUAGAGCUUUUUGAGGCCAUCCAUGUGCUUCUCCACUUGUCUCAAAUUCAGAACCACAGGUGCAAAAUUAGAGAUCAGGAACAGCGAAGCUUGUUUUAGAAUGCAAGUGCAAGGGAAGUUCAAUUUCAGCAGGGGCGCAUGGCUGGCCAAUGGCAGGGAGGGUGCUUUCCUUGGCCAUCCUUGAAGUUUUAUGGAACUAUGUUUAAAUUCAGAUAUUAAGGAAAUAAAAGAAGACAAAGAAAACAAAUUACUUCUGGAGUCUAACAAGGUCAGUGUCAGAACCAAAGCUGGGUUGUUCAUUGUGCUUUUCAUUUGCUCACACUAGAAGGACUUGGAAACACACAGGAAUGCCGAGUGUCAUUGGCCUUAAUGCACAGUUGCUUCCUGGCUGUGUAAAGGUUUUAUCUGUGCCCAAGUCAUCUUGCAAUUUAAACUCUCAACACCACCAGCACAUCUGCUUUAGAUUUAGCAAUAGAAUAACUAAUGGGUUGCUUUGCAUUUGCUUAGUUUUCCAUUGUGAAGCACAAGCAAACCUCUUACAGCUGGACAGAGCAUCUUCUGGACAGGUUCCAAGUGUAACCUUUCCCAGGUCUCCUCCUGCUUGGCUGUGACUGACAAAGUCUGUUCCCUUUAACUAUUUAAAUAAGAAACUCAAUGCUUUUAUUUAACACUUUAGUAUUUUCUAUGUGGCUGUAUGUUCCAAAUAAUAGCAACAAAACUGUUUCCAAGUGUUUUCACUGUUCUGAAUGUAUUAGUUGUUUUUCUUUUAAUGUAGAGGAGAAUAUCCAUAACUUCUUAACACUGGAAACAUCAUUCUGAAUGAUAAAGGAAAUUGUCAGUAAUGUGAGUGGUUUUACUGUACCAUUUUCAACUUUUCCUUUCCCUCCCCACUGAUGCCUGCACAUAUACACAUAUCGCAUAUGCAUGUGGUGGCACAAGUGUGGGAAAGAACGUGGAGCAUCUGUUUUCUGUCAUCGAGUGUCAGAGUUGGAAGGGAUUUUCUUGUUCAUCUAGUCCAGCUCUCAAGUUGAUGAUCUGUUCGAGUUUGUUAACAAUUUGCAAGGUUCUAGGUUUUUUCAAAAGUUGUUGUUUGGUUUGUUUAUGUACCUGCAGCUUGACUGUUUAACCCAGAUUUUUGAGAAUAAAAAAUAAAAAAGUAAUGUAUA